AUGCGCGCAGACACGCCGCCCUACGCACCUCUCUUCCACCGUCCCGCUCGGGCAGCCAGCCGCAGUGGGGGUGGUGGCGGAUAUAGCAGUCGGAGACAGUCUGGAAGAGAUAAAUAUGGACCACCUGUUCGUACAGAGCACAGACUGAUUGUUGAAAACCUUUCCAGUCGCUGUAGUUGGCAGGAUUUGAAAGAUUUUAUGAGGCAGGCUGGUGAGGUGACCUAUGCAGAUGCUCACAAAGAACGUACAAAUGAAGGAGUAAUUGAGUUCCGAUCAUAUUCGGACAUGAAACGUGCCCUGGACAAACUGGAUGGCACAGAGAUAAAUGGAAGGAAGAUCAGGCUGGUUGAAGACAAGCCACGGUCAAGCCAUAGACGAUCUUACUCUUGCAGCAGGUCAAGGUCACGAUCUAGAAGACGAUCUAGAAGCAGAAGUCGUAGAAGUAGGAGCAGCCGCAGCAGGUCCCGUAGUGUCUCUAAAAGUCGUUCCAGAUCUAAAUCCAGGUCACGAAGCAAAGACCGCUCACGCUCCAGAUCUAAAAGCCGGAAGUCCAGAUCAAAGAGCAAAUCAAAACCCAAGUCUGACAGGGGGUCACGCUCUCACAGCAGAUCUAAGGAGAAGUCGGAGAAGUCUCGGUCCAGGUCCAGGUCUCGAUCUCCCAAAGAAAAUGGUAAAGGAGAUACUAAGUCAAAAUCCAGGUCAAGGAGUAGGUCUCGUUCCAAUUCUCCGCAGCAGCAGCCAUCUGCCAAGGCUCGUUCAGAGUCACCACCCAAAAGAGCUGCAUCGAGGUCCCGUUCCAGAUCUCGUUCAAAGUCUCGCUCACGAUCAAGAUCUAGUUCAAGAGAUUAAGACUAGAACUCUCCUCUUACCUUGCACACUAUUAAGGAACAUUUUUCCUACUUGUCAGGCCAUUAGUGUUAUGUUAGCUAUUCAGAAGUUGGUUUUUUUCUUGCAGGAGUGAAUGG